CUCCACUGUCCUCUCCACAAAUCCCCAAACUCUGCUGGAUUGAAGACCUUUCACUGUAAAAAAAAGAGGAGCUGAGACCCUCAGUCACAGAGGAAAAUGGCGUUUCUCAUUAAGACCAUGGUGGGGAACCCCCUGAAAGGGAUGGGACUCGGAGGAGGAGAGGAGAAAUCUGAGGCUGAAACUCCGAAGGACCCUGCGGCGGCGGCUGGGAUGACCAGAGAGGAAUACGAGGAGUACCAGAAACAACUGGUGGAGGAGAAGAUGGAGCGAGACGCUGAAUUCCUGCACAGGAAGGCGGAGAGGGCGACGCUCAGGGUUUGUCUUCGUGAUAAAUACAGGCUGCCAAAGAGCGAGCAGGACGAGAACAUGAUCCAGAUUGCCGGAGACGACGUGGACGUCCCAGAGGAGCUGCUGAAGAUGGUGGACGAGGAUGCGACGGAGGAGGAGGAGAAGGACUCCAUUCUGGGUCAGAUGCAGAACCUGCAGAACAUGGACAUGGAUCAGAUCAAGGAGAAAGCCACGGCUACGUUUAACGAGAUGAAGAGCAAAGCCGAGGAGAAGUGCUGCGUCAUGUAACGUCCUGACGAGACAUGACGUUCUGACGAGGAACAGUUUCAUCUAAAAGCGUUUGGGUUGGUUUAUGAACUUUAUCAUGAGCAGAUGAGUCGAGUCAGGAGUUAAAAAAAUUUUAUGAGCAGAAAUGACUUGUUUAUAAUCGAUCUGUUAUUUUUAAAAAGAAAUGCCAUGUAAAUCAGCGUUGAGUCCACAGUCAUGUCAUUACUUUAUUCAGUAUUUACAGCAUGGCUGUGUGAGAUGAUGUGUUAGAGUAACUGUGUUUAUGAGAUUAGGAGAUUACGGACACUUAUAAUGUGUCGUGGGGUCGGAUUUUAUUGGAAAUAAUCAAAGGUUACAUUUAGACACACGUGGACAAAAUUAUAUAGGCUCACUGACUGAUUACAAGACUGUAGACACCUGUGAUGCUAAUUAGUGGACACACCUUGAAUUAACACGUCCCUUUGGUCACAUUAUGUUCAGUCUUUUCUAGGGGUACCAUCAUUCUUGUCUAGGCCUGUUCCAUGAGUUUAUUUAUUUAAAUAAUUCCAUUGAAGCGUGGUUUAAAAGCAGUGUCUGACUUUCAUUGGUUAACAUUCAUAGAAUUUUUAUUUAUUAUUACUUUUGUUAGAUUAAAGUUUUUUUCUGUGACCGUUGUGAGUUUUUCUUUCAGUGACCGAAGGGUGCCAACAAUUUUGUCCACGUGUGUAUUUAUAUUCAUCACAUUAUUGUGCUCCAUUUCUAGGUGAUAAAAUAAACGAUUC